AUGUCAGGUAGCUACCCGGUAGCUACUUGCAUCGACCUCCGACUCAGGUACCAUAGAGAUGGUACCCGGUCGCAUACAAACGACCACCGAUUACCAUACGCCGAUCGACUUUUUCAAAAGCUGCUACUCGGUAGCUAUUUGUAUCGACUUCCCGAUUCACCUUUGGAGAUUUUCAGGGUCACCUUCUGGCACAUCAAGAAGUAUUCUGGCCGAAUUUCAGAUUCCCAAAAUCACCUACCUUCCUUGUGAGUAUCUUUGUCUACUUCAACUUAAAAACCAUUCUUCUUACCGUCCAGUUUUGAAUAAUUGAGCCUGAGAAAAAUAAUAUACCUGUAGUCGUCGGAUCAGAAUCAAUAGCUGAACUUGGAAAUGUUGAAUUUUCUCCACGGAUAAUGUUGAUGAUGUCAGUGAGACGAUUUGCAAAAAAAGUUUGGGGGUUUGCAUAAACAGAAACAGAGAUGUUUUCAGCAGGUUCAUCCGAAUCUAUUCGCUUUUUCACAUCAUCUACUUGCAAUAUCGGAGGAGCUCGCCAAGAAAAUAUUUCUCUGUCAAGUUGAUCUAUUAGUGUUUGAGUACACAAAUCAUCUGGAAUAAUGUAGCAAUUCAGUGAAUCCACAAUAGGAAGAAGCUUGAGAGACAAUAGCAAGAUGGUGAGGAACAUGGUUCUGUGGAAAAUGGAGAAAUGAAGAUGGUCACCAGUGGAGACGAUUUUUUGUUCCUCAUAAAGCUUGCCAUGGAAAUGAUGGAAGGAUUCAUGAAGCAUCCUAGUGUCUUGAUUCAAGUCAAAGCUUAUGCUCCGGCGGACCCUGGGAAGGUGUUGCGAAGGUAACCAGCAGGAGGUUGGAAGGUGUAUGGAAGCUAGAAGGUCUUGAGAAAGCCUUUGGAAGGUGUUCGGAAGGUCAAAAUGGAAAAUGCCUGCUGAAAAGCUUCUGGAAGACAGGCUUUUUUUCUGAGUAGAAGGUGUCAGGAAGCUAUGUGGGAGGCGUUCGACCACUUGCUGGAAAGCUUCCAAACGCCUCACGAGCCACCCAAAGCAGAUCUUCCCAACUUUUACCUGAGUGGGAGAUCAGUAUUCGUUCUCAGUUCAGUUUUCAAGAGAGGAGAUGUGAGCUCUACGGAACUUGGAAGCAUUGAGAACAACUUUAUUGAAUCGGAGUUCGAUAUGGAGUAG